UUGCAAUUUAUAAAAUAAUUUAAUUGCUUUGUUGCAAUUAUUUAAUAUAGGAAAAAAAAUAUAUAAAAAAAGAUAAAUUCAAAAUGAAUAUAAAUUAUAUAGUUUUUAUUUUAAUUCAAAUAUUAUUUAUUAAUUGUAUAAAAUCAGAGGAUAAAAGUUCGCUAGAAAAUUUCAAUGAGACCAUUAAAUGUGGAAGUGCUGUUAAUAUAAUAAGGGAUUGUUUUAAAAAUCCUUUACCACCAGAUGAAGCAGAAUUUCUUCAAACAACGAAAAUACCAUUAAAUGAAAAGGAAAUAUCAACAAAAUGCACGGUAUUUAAAAAGGGAAUGGCAUGUUUUAAUACAUACACACAGAAAUGUUUAUCAGAGGAUAGAAAAGCCCUGUAUGAAAACACAAUUUCAGGUGCAAAGAAAUUCGAAAAUAAACUAUGUGAUGAUAAAAGGUUUCAAGCAGAUUUUCUGACGCAUAAAGAAUGCUUUAUUCAUAUAAAAGAAGAUUGGAAUCGAUGCAUGAAAAAUUUCCAAAGUAUUCUAGCAGAUGAAUUAAAUAGUCCUGUACAAAAUGCCAAACAUAAAAACGAUAAAUAUAUGCAAUUUUGUUGCACAAGAUUCGCAUAUGAAACAUGCAUUUAUAAUAGCGCACGAUAUAAAUGUUAUAAAAAUUCAGCAUUAUUUGCCAAAGAAGUAGCCAGAUUGCUAUCAGAUGAAACACAUUUUAAAAGUUGUAGACACUAUGAAAAUUUAUUAUGUGUAGGAUGUUUUAGAUCUUCAAUAAAUUUUAUAUUAUUGGUAAUAAGUUCCAUAUUAAUAUUUUUAUUUUGUUAAAUUAAAAUAAUUAAAAUAUUGUGUACAAUUUAUAAAAGAAAAAAGAAAAAAUUGUCAGAAUGUCAAAAAAAAUUUAAA